GUGUGUGCAUUGCUCAGUCGGUGAAGAUUCCUCGGGAGCCCAAGACCGGGGAGUUUGACAAGAUCAUCAAACGCCUACUGGAAACAUCCAAUGCCAGGGCCAUCAUCAUCUUUGCCAAUGAGGAUGACAUCAGGAGGGUUCUGGAGGCGGCACGCAGGGCCAACCAGACGGGCCACUUCUUCUGGAUGGGCUCAGACAGCUGGGGCUCCAAGAGUGCUCCCGUGCUGCGCCUGGAGGAGGUGGCCGAGGGUGCUGUCACCAUCCUCCCCAAGAGGAUGUCUGUACGAGGGUUCGACCGAUACUUCUCCAGCCGCACGCUGGACAACAACAGGCGCAACAUCUGGUUUGCCGAGUUCUGGGAGGACAACUUCCACUGCAAGCUGAGCCGCCAUGCGCUCAAGAAGGGAAGCCACAUCAAGAAGUGCACCAACCGAGAGCGCAUCGGGCAAGACUCUGCCUAUGAACAGGAGGGGAAAGUGCAAUUCGUCAUUGACGCCGUGUAUGCCAUGGGCCACGCACUGCACGCCAUGCAUCGUGACCUGUGUCCUGGCCGUGUAGGACUCUGCCCUCGCAUGGACCCUGUGGAUGGUACCCAGCUGCUGAAGUACAUCCGAAACGUCAACUUCUCAGGUAUUGCAGGGAACCCUGUAACCUUCAAUGAGAAUGGAGACGCACCAGGACGUUAUGACAUCUACCAGUACCAACUGCGCAAUGGCUCGGCUGAGUACAAAGUCAUCGGCUCCUGGACUGACCACCUGCACCUCAGAAUAGAGCGGAUGCAGUGGCCGGGGAGUGGCCAGCAGCUGCCGCGCUCCAUCUGCAGUCUGCCCUGCCAGCCGGGCGAGCGGAAGAAGACCGUGAAGGGCAUGGCUUGCUGCUGGCACUGUGAGCCCUGCACAGGGUACCAGUACCAGGUGGACCGCUACACCUGCAAAACCUGCCCCUACGACAUGCGGCCCACAGAGAACCGCACGGGCUGCCAGCCCAUCCCCAUCAUCAAGCUGGAGUGGGACUCGCCCUGGGCCGUCCUGCCUCUCUUCCUGGCCGUGGUGGGCAUUGCCGCCACAUUGUUUGUGGUGGUCACUUUUGUGCGCUACAACGAUACCCCCAUCGUCAAGGCCUCGGGCCGGGAGCUGAGCUACGUGCUGCUGGCGGGCAUCUUUCUGUGCUACGCCACUACCUUCCUCAUGAUCGCAGAGCCCGACCUGGGGACCUGCUCCCUCCGCCGCAUCUUCCUGGGGCUCGGCAUGAGCAUCAGCUACGCAGCCCUGCUCACCAAGACCAACCGCAUCUACCGCAUCUUCGAACAGGGCAAGCGGUCAGUCAGUGCCCCACGCUUCAUCAGCCCAGCCUCCCAGCUGGCCAUCACCUUCAGCCUCAUCUCCCUGCAGCUGCUCGGCAUCUGUGUGUGGUUUGUGGUGGACCCCUCCCACUCAGUGGUGGACUUCCAGGACCAACGGACACUGGACCCCCGCUUUGCCAGGGGCGUGCUCAAAUGUGACAUCUCUGACCUGUCGCUCAUCUGCCUGCUGGGCUACAGCAUGCUGCUGAUGGUCACGUGUACCGUGUAUGCCAUCAAGACUCGAGGUGUGCCUGAGACCUUCAAUGAGGCCAAGCCCAUCGGCUUCACCAUGUACACCACCUGUAUCGUCUGGCUGGCCUUCAUCCCCAUCUUCUUUGGCACCUCACAGUCGGCCGACAAGCUGUACAUCCAGACAACCACACUGACGGUCUCCGUGAGUCUGAGCGCCUCUGUGUCCCUGGGAAUGCUCUACAUGCCCAAAGUCUACAUCAUCCUCUUCCACCCGGAGCAGAAUGUGCCCAAGCGCAAGCGCAGCCUGAAAGCCGUGGUCACCGCAGCUACCAUGUCCAACAAGUUCACGCAGAAGGGCAACUUCAGGCCCAAUGGGGAAGCCAAGUCAGAGCUGUGUGAGAACCUGGAGGCCCCAGCACUGGCAACCAAACAGACCUAUGUCACCUACACCAACCACGCCAUCUAACCGGGCUGAGGAGCCACGCCAGUGACGGAGUCACAACCUCCAAGGAUGGUGCAUCGGGCCAGGGCCACUCCUGCGGGCCCUGCUGAUGUCCUGCCUGCCCCAUGGGCAUCCACGAAUGUGGCUUGGUGCUGAGGACAGUAGAAACCCCGGCCAUCACUACUGGGCAAGCCGUGGUGGGCAACCGGAGGAGGCUGCAUGGCCGGGGCAGUUCCAGAUUGUGCCACACAGGCCUUCCGUCUGGACCCAUGUCGUGCCCAGCCCCAGCACAGGGGCUUGGUCUCCAGACCCGAGCCCUGGCGUUCUCUCCCUCCUGCCUCCGUCUGUCCUGUUGGUGACCCUGGUUGGUCCUUCCCGUCUUUGCGUUUCUCUUCCGUCUUUCGCUCUGCAUGUGUUGUCUGUUUGGGCUCUCUGCUUCUGUGUUUUCCUUUCUGCCCCUGCCCCUCCUCUGCCAUCUGGCCUGUCCCACGCCUUCUGCUGCCCUGAGUUGCCCCACCCCCGCCCCAUGUCACUUCUCAUGCAUUUUUCUUUUCUGUCCCAUCGACUUCAUUUUCUUCCACGUUUUGUUCCCUUCACUCCAUCCACCAACUCCUUCAUGUUACAAAAGAGAAAAAAAAAGGGGGGGGGAUCAAAACACAAAAAAGCCCAAACACAACUAAUCUUGAGUGUGUUGCAAAGUGCUGCGUCCUCCUGGUGGCCUCUGUGUGUCCCUGUGGCCUGCAGCCUGCUCGCCCACCCUACCCGUCUGCCGUGUGUCCUGCCCGCCUGCCCGCCUUGCCCUUCCUGCCAACGACACGGAGUUCAGUGCCUGGGUGUUUGGUGAUGGUCCCUGAUGUGUAGCAUGACUGUUUUUAUACUGAGAACAUUUCUAAUAAAGAUAAACACAUGGUUUUGCACCUG